AAAUAAAUAUAACAUAAACCAAUCAUCAUUGGUUUUAAUCAUGCCGAAAUUGACCGAAAAAACUAGUAAUUGAAUGUAGGUCAAGAUAGCUCUUCAAAAGUAAGAUGAGAAAAUGUAAACAAAUGAAAGCAAAAUGAAAUCUCACAAAAUCGAACAGUUUACAUGAUUCUGCCUACUCCUUUAGUGUCACAUACAUUCAUGUAAGUAUACUACUUGUCAAACAAACUGAAAAACAGUUUCCAAAUGUGUUAACUGUAAGCGAACUGAUAAAAUGGCACAGGACUACAAAGAACAGAAAAUUUGAAAAGUAAAAAUUUGUUACAUAAGGAUACUGAUGAACCCGUGCUACCGCCUCAGGUUCAACGUAAUAUGGUCACUAAUGGGUCAUACUUUAACAUCAAAAGCAAACGACAUGGCUGUUCCAGUAUUUUGGAUACUACUUUUGAGGACAUGAAAAUAGGCUUAGAUGUGAGAGCUAUUCCUUUUAAUGAUGAUGAGAUAGCUAACACCAUUGAUAAGAUCAAUAAGUCAUCAUUGAUGAGAUAUUACUUUGUUUUACGUUGUAACUCCAGUUGUUUACCUGAUAAAUUCACAUUACCCUGUGUAGCUAUUUUCACAAGUUUGGUGAUUUGUCUUUGCGGCAGCUUCGUUUUACUUUUCGCUGUUACUUGUACGCAAAUGAAUCAGUUUUCUGAUGAACCUGGGCGCUGUAUCUCUGUCCUGUUGUCACAUUUGAUUGUUGUUAUGCUAAUCAUUGUUACAAUAGGAAUACCACUUGGCAACACCUUACUUAAAAUCCAUUUUAGAAACAAACUAACAAAUCUUUCAGUCGAAUGUGUCAACAGAAAUGUCAUAUUCACUGUGACAUAUAAGGACAAAAUUCCUAUCCUGGCAGUUAUGAAGUAUGACAAUACAUUGUGUUUAGAGCACAUUGUAAAUUACAACCGUGCUUGUGUACGAGCCAGAACUAGAUACAGAGGCAUACAAACUACAAGUUAUGAAAAAACACCUCCUUAACUAUGCUCUAUCUAUACAGAGUGGAACACAAAAAGCAACUGCUGUUCGUCAUGUAGUGGUGUAUGAACAAAUGUGUUUCUGCCAAUAUGUUCAGCAACAUGAAUCAAGAUAAUGCAUGUAUUAACAUUUUCAAUACAAUAGUUUAAAGAGCUAUCACCCUAUACGAAGUGAAAGGACAAUUUCCACGUAGAUACGGUAACGGACGAGAAAUGGAGAUAAAUUGACGAUGUCGGACCAGCAGUGAGUUUCAGUUUACUUUUGGAGUUAUACGCUAAACUGGACCUGAACUGUCUUUUUACUUGUGUACACUUAUGUAUGACAGUACCCAUGAUUAGAUUUGUUAAAUGUUUUUGAAA